GCCUUCAUUCGCAGCCGGCCCGAGGGGUCCAAGCCUCACGUCGUUCUGCGACCGACGAUUCUGGGAUUCGCGAUUUUAGCAUUUGGCUGCUCCGCUGUCCUUGGCACUUUUUGCUACUACAGCCUGUUCCAUGUGUUGCCUGGCAUACCUGUGUACUUCAUCAUACUUCUGGCGCUGCUGCCCGGUGCUGUGGUUUUCUUCCUAAUCGCGAACCUGGCCCGUGCCUUCUGCCGGUCUGUGACGACGAUGUGCCGCCAGCUAGGUGAGUUCCGCAUUGCCACAGCUGAGAGUUAUUGCUGCGCAACCGACCACAAGUCGGAGUCUGGUGAGCCGAUGAUCUGCGACCGGGAGGUAAUCCAGCAAUGCAUCAAGAUAUGGUUUGGCAGCGUCGAGGCUUUUGAGCGGCGGGUCCAGAACGAGGUGUGUGAUUUGCUGUCGCAUCAACUGGCUCAUCACAUGAUCUCCUACUGGCGGCUGUCCGAGGCGACUCCAAUCAUUUUUUGGAUUCUACUUGAUCAAUCAGCCGAACGCUUGUACUCUGGCUUGCAGGAUGGUGGCUCCGGAUUUGGGGAGUAUCACUUCAUCCGCGGCAUCAUCUACUGGUUGGCGGUGGUUCCUUUUCUCUUCCGCGUUCUGCUUCGCGUAACGUGGAUGCUGCAGGCUCAGACACCUUGCCGACUGCUCGACUGGCUCCUGUCCUUUCUCAUCCUCUUUGUCGCAGCGGUCCUUUUCCUGUCAUUCAUCUUCCUGGACAUAUUCGGCGGCUUCUAUGCAUUUGUCUUCACAUCCAUCCCCUUGGCCCUCUUCACUUGGCGAUACCUGCCGGUGCCAGUGCCGAAGCGUACUGUACGCCCUGACUGA